CUCGCAUCCGCUUUUCUUUCGGUUUCCUUUCUUGCGCGCGUCCGAGGCCGGUCUUCUCCGGCGAGGAUGGCGGAGUGGCGGUGGGGGACGGAGGAGGAAGACCAAGCAGGCGAGGAGGAGGAAGAGGAGGAGGAAGGAUUCUGGGAGUACGAUUCCACCUGGGAAGAGGAGGAAGAAGAGGAGGAGGGAGAAGAAGGAGAAGAAGAAGGUGGAAGGCAGCUGGAGGGAGAUGUGGGGAGGAAUGACUCGGGGGCGGCUCCAGCAACAGCAGCCGAUGACAAAGGCGCAGGAAUUCAAGAGAACCCCCAGCCCAACAGCAGCCCGGGCUGGAGGUCGUCCUUCGGUAGCCAGGAGUGGCAAAGGCCAAACCUUGGCUCCAUGAGCUUUAGAAAAUGCAAGAACGCAGCUGGUCGCAACUGGAUGGCAGCAAAAGAUAUGCAGAAAUACAGGCAACAUUAUCCGGGUUUGGAAGAAACUGAAAUGAGAGAGGAGAAAAUGUGGAAUUUGAGGUUUUACAAAAACGAGAUGAGUUUUCAGCCUAAUGGCCUCCUUAUUGAAGAUCUCCUUGAGAUGUGGCAUAAUGACUAUGUAACUCUGGAAGAAAACCAUUCAUAUAUCCAGUGGUUAUUUCCUUUGCGUGAGCCGGGAAGGAACUGGCGUGCGCGGCUUCUCACCUGUCAAGAAAUCCAGGCCUUCAAGAAAUCGAAGGAAGUCAUGGCGAGGUUCGUCCGGGCUUACAAGCUCAUGCUGGACUUCUACGGAAUCGAGCUGCUAAAUGAGAAAACAGGCAAAUUGGGGCGAGCAGAGAACUGGCGAGAGAGGUUCGAGAACCUCAACCGGUUCAGCCACAAUAAUUUACGGAUCACCCGCAUCCUGAAAUGCUUGGGAGAGUUGGGCUACGAAAACUAUCAGCUUCACCUGGUGAAGUUCUUCCUGACGGAGAUCCUGGUCCACCAGCAGCUCCCGCGGGUUCUGAGAAGUGCCUUGGACUACUUUGUUUUCACUGUCCGGAACAAGCAGCAGCGGCAGGAGCUGGUGCAUUUUGCAUGGCGGCACUUCACGCCCAAGCGGGAUUUCGUCUGGGGCCCGCACAGGAAGCUCCGCCGGUUCAAACCCCGCUCCCCAGAAUUCCUGAACAGCGAGCGGCUUGAGGGGGGGCAGGAUGAGGAUGGAGAGGAGACUGGAGGAAAGAGUGAAGUCGAGCAGCAGCAUAAAACGUGCCAGAGACUUGAGGAAGAGCCUGCUAGGAGGGAGAGUGUGGGAAACGAUCAAGACGAGCUGCUGGACAAGACAGGCACCGUUCACCCUGCUGUAGACCAAACAACCAGAAAUCUGAUUGUUGAGCCUGUAUGCAAAAGUAAUGCUGAGCUGGGGUUUUCAUCCAGCGACUCUGUCCCUAGCAAAGUUAGUGAGGGAGAGCCUUCCUCUGGGAUCUGUGGCGAUGGAUUGCAGGCCGGAGAUUCUCCGGGACCCCAAACGAGUCCCGCAGGUGAACACGAAGCUUCAGCUAAGAUGAGUCAACGUGGGCUCGCAACAUCAGAGGAAGUCAGGGCGGAGAAGGACGGCGGGAAAGAAGACGCAGCGGUUUCUUCGUUUGUCCAAACGGGAAGGCAGGAUCUUGUGGAGGAGGGCGAGAGGAAAGAUGGAGCGUCAGGUUCUUCGUCUCCCCAGCUGGAAAAGCAGGAUCCUGCAGACGAGGCUGAGAGCGGAGCGUCCGGUGAAAGUCUGAAGGAAUGCAAGAAGAGGAAGCUGGAGAUGAGCAGGCUGAGCGAGGAAAGCGUCAGGGUGGUGAAAAGCCCCACCGACAUUGAGAAGAUCUCUGUCAACCUCGGAGAGGUUGUGAUUGGUCAGAAGGGGACCGGUGGCCUUCUGCUCACGGAGGAGAAGGCCUGCCCUUCACUGCCUCAAGGAGCUGCUAUUGAUGGUAGAUACCUGAAGGAGACGGAAGCCACUGACGCAAUGAGAAAAAGGCGGAAAGUUGAGAUGGCAUUGGAAGGCGGUGCCUCGGGGACACCCGCAGAGGCGGGCAUCGAGGUGGCGUCCUCUGAGACUCAGAUAAGCUCCGCCAGCACCGAGAGGACGGAUCGAGCCUGCCGCGAUGCGACAGAAACAAUGGGUGGCGCUCCUACAAAUAGCGACUGUAGAACGCCAGGUGUGGAUUUAUUGGUUAAUUCCAAAACUAACGCCCCGUCGAGCCUUUCACCGGACAGCUGUGCGCCAGCCCAGUCUGGCAAGCAAGGAACUACUGCCGUGGAAGGCAAGAGAUUGCAGGCCAGCGAAACUCUGCCAUUCAGUGAAAAGGAGGAUGUGGGUGGCGAAAGCCCAGGACAGAAAGAGGGGGGCAUUGAAGGAAAGGCAGAGGAAGUGGCAGAUAGGAAUGAAGCACCUGAAACAGUGGAGAGUGUGAAUUCUGUAUCAGGGCCAGAAGCAGAAUAGCUUUAUCCUGGAUAAGAAAGGUGGUUCCACUGAUUCUGGAGGCAGUUAAAAGGACAUACUGUUUUACAAGUUGAUCAGAACAGAACCAGUCCACUGCCCGUGUGUGUGUUUUGGUUCCUCUUUUUUUGUAUACUUGAUUAUGAAGCCCAAGACCUCUAAAUGGGUUGUUUUCACUGGGAACAGACAACAAAGGCUUUGAGAUGAAACACCCCCAGUUGUUGACUUGCGUACUUGAUCUUCUAAAAUAAUGUGUGUGGGUUUUUUCCUUCACUUUAUAAAUGAUUCCAAAUAGCUCUGGUUUCAAAACGGAAAUCAUUUUUUUGAGCAAGUAAAUGCCACUUUGUGGGCAAAUUUUCCAGUAUUUACUAGAAGGUCCGAAAGGAAUCUUAUUUGUUAAAUUAAUCUUGCUUUGUUAAAAUAAAAGUUCCUAACUUCUAGUUAGAGCUUCUAGUUUCUUUUCUUCAUCAUUAAAUUGGGCAUGUUUGAGAAUGAGUUCUAAGCUAAACAAUCUUGCAAAGGUCUCUUGGGAGAAGAAUGUUUUGGGCAUUUGAUUUCAUGUUCUUAAAUGUAGAGAAGUAAGGAACAACAGUUGUUUUCUUCCAAAUACUCCCCAUAGACUUUGGUUUGUGAAUAAGUUAAAAAACACAGAUCUCAAGACCAAUCCUUGGAGGACUCUGCUUUCUACAUCUCUAUUGGGAGAACUGUUCGUUUAUUCUCACUCUCUGCUUCCUGCUACUUAACCAUUUAUCCAUAUGAGGAGAGUUUAAAGUGAGACGGGACUUGUGGGGGGUCUCUAGUGACUGGCCUUGCCCCCCAAUGCAACUGAAGGCUUCUUUGCGACAUUCCUAUACUGCACCAUCAACCAAGGCCUCUGGGUGGUUUUCAGGCUUAUAAUUCAAAACAUGCAAAUGAAUGCAAUCAAAACCUUAUAGCAAUCUCAACACAAUAUAGACUAAAAUCCAGCACACGGCAGCGCAAGUGCAAUGUAAAACCAGUAUGGGCAAAUGAUUGCCUCCAAUCAUCUUAAAAUGCACUAAAAGCUUUCGAAUACAGUCUGAAAAUACAAAUGUCUUCUUUGUGCCAAAAGAAGAUAGGUGGCACCAGGUGAACCUGUCUAGCGUGUCUGCCUUGCAGUAGGAGAAAUCUAGAGGCGGCCUCGUAUGAAGGUCUUGGGGACCAGGCAGGAAUACUGGAAGCUGCAAUCCUUCAGAUAACCUCACUGGAACCUGCAUAGGUUUUAAAGCCUGGCGGGGGACCCAGUGGCCCUCCAGUUGUUGGUGGGCUGGCAAUUCCCACCAGCCCCACCCAGAAUGUCCAAUGGUUUGGGACAAUGGGAAAGUCCACAGGUCCAGCAAUCCAGGUUUAAAGUUUAAGACAAACACUUUGAAUUGGGCAUGAAAAGGAACUGGGAGCUAGUGCAGAUGACCAAGCGGUGGUGUGAUGUCUGCCCUGGUCUGGGCCAGCUGAAGUUUCCAGACUACGUAGAACAGGUAGUUCUCCAACCAGGAGGUUACUAGAGCCUGGAUAACUCACAAGUCUCUCUCUGACCUGAGAAGGUUCUCUGAACACACACUGCUGGACCUAAGCACCCCCACCCUAAAAUCACACACUUCACAUUUUUUCCAGUGUGCUGCAGCUGUGAAAAAGACAAAUGCCAUGCUAAUUAUGAUCUUUAGGAAAGAGAAUGAAAAUAAAAUUCCAGAAGUGUCUGGAAUACCGUACAGUUUGGUUGCUUCAAAAAGUGUUUCACAAUCAAAUCUCUAGCAGAGCGGAAGUGUUUCCUAUAAGAAUUAUCACAGAAUAUCCACAUUGCCUGACAUCGUCCCAGACAGCUGUAGCUGAUCUCUGGCGAAUCUGGUUAAUUCACACGUGCAGCUCGUCACUAAUCGAGGGAUCAAUAAGUACAGUGGUACCUCGCAAGACGAAUGCCUUGCAAGAUGAAUUUUUCGCAAGACGAAUGCAUCUUGCGAUCUGGUGGUGACUCGCAAGACGAAUUUGUGAAAAAUUCGUCUUGUGAAUCGCAGUUUCCCAUAGGAAUGCAUUGAAAUUUAAUUCGUUCCUAUGGGCAAAAAAAGAAAUUUCAAUGCAUUCCUAUGGAAAACUGUGAUUCGCAAGACGAAUUUUUCGCAAAACGAAUUGACUCGCGGAUCAAAUUAAAUUUGCCUUGCGAGGCACCACUCUGUGUCUGAACCCUUGUUGCCGGUUUGCGCAAUACAGAUUUUCCCCACUUAACGCAGUCCUGAUUAUCCAUGGGUACAAAUUCUAAUGGAUAAACUUAAUGUGUGAGUUAAGUUGUUAUGGAUAUGACCCCUGCAGCCAUUCCUAUCGUGGUGGGACUGAUUCACAGGAAUUGCUGUCUCAGAUAUAUCCUUGGGUCACCCAGCUAACACCCUGUUAAUGUUUUUCCAUGUAAGUGGUGUCAGAGAGAUCAAGACCUUCUUGCAUUGCCAAAUGGAUCAUCCACAACAUAUAUUUAACCCACUUAGAACAGUCACAGCUUUCCACCUCCAUCAAAAUGUCUUUGUAUUUCAGCCUAUUCUCAUCCAUAUUUGUCCUUUUAGGUUUCUUCGCCUCAAGUGGCGAAAUCCACCUAGGAGUUUUCCUUUCCAACAAAUCUUUGUAUCUAAUCCAUACAUUAAACAAUGAUUUCCUGAUUAUAUGGUUUUUGAAACCUUUAUGUAGCUUUACCUUAUCAUACCAUAAAUACGCAUGCCACCCAAAUGCAUUAUCAUGGCCUUCCAAAUCUAACACAUCAUCAUUGUCUAGCAAAAACCAUUCCUUCAACCAGCAGAAAGCUGCGGCUUCAAAGUAAAUCUUUAAGUCUGGCAGUGAGAAUCCUCCCCUUUCUUUUACAUCUGUCAAAAGUUUGUAUUUGAUUCUGGGUUUCUUCCCCUGCCAGACAAAUUUAGACAAUGUCUUUUGCCACUCUUGAAAACAUUUCAACUUAUCCACUAUCGGAAGGGCCUGAAAUAAAAACAACAUUCUUGGCAAUACAUUCAUUUUAACCGUUGUUAUUCUGCCCAUUAAGGACAGUUUCAACCUUGACCAUAUCUCCAAAUCUCUUUUGAUUUCAUUCCAUAACUUCUCAUAAUUAUCUUUAUAGAGAUUCAGAUUUUUUGCAGUCAUAUUUACUCCCAGAUAUUUCACCUUUUUCACACAUUUCAGUCCUGUGCAGUCCUCUACUCUUUGUCUCUCUUGCAUCGUCAAAUUCUUUUCUAAUACUUUAGUUUUCCCUUUAUUUAACUUAAAACCUGCCACUUUACCAAACUCUUGGAUUAUCUGCAAUACUCUUACAACACUGUGUUCAGGGUUCUGCAGAGUUAGUACUAAGUCAUCUGCAAAGGCUUUUAGCUUGUAUUGUUUUGUGCCUACUGUGAUUCCUUUAACACCUUCAUCACUCCUUAUCAUAUUCAGUAAGACCUCCAAGACAGAAAUAAAUAGCAGGGGGGAAAGUGGGCACCCUUGUCUUGUUCCUUUCUCAAUUCUUAUCUCUUCUGAAACCACAUUAUUUACAAUAAUUUUCGCUCUUUGCUCAGAAUAAAUACCAUUAAUCCCAUUAACAAAGUUUUGACCAACCUCCAUUUUUGCAAGGUUUCGUUUCAUAAAAGUCCAAGAAAUAUUAUCAAAAGCUUUUUCAGCAUCCACAAAAAUUAACAUUGCUUUGGUGUUUAUUUUCAUUUCCAGUCUCUCCAAAAUGUCUAUUAUAUUUCUUAUAUUGUCCUUCAUAUGCCUCCCAGGCAAAAAUCCUGCCAGGUCCUUAUGUAUCAUGUCCUUCAACACCCUUUUCAGUCUCGAUGCCAGAAUGCUAGCAUAUAUCUUAUAAUCCACAUUCAAUAAUGAGAUUGGUCUAUAAUUCUUAACUUAGUCCUAUCCACAUCUGGUUUUGGUAUCAGAGAGAUAAAAGCUUCUUUCCAAGUCUCUGGUGCCUUGCCCCCCCCCCUAAAAUCUCAUUUGCUACCUCCAUUAAUGGUUGUAUCAACCAGUUUUUUAGUGUUUUAUAGUACUUGGAGGUCAGUCCAUCAGGUCCUGGGGCCUUAUCAUUUUUCAACUCUUGGAUUGCUAUUUCAACCUCUUGUCUUGUAAUCAACUCAUUCAGUAGAUUCUUUUGUUGAACUGGAAUUUUCUGUAAUCCAUUUCUGUAAUCCAUUUUUUUUAUCUAUCUUGAAUGCUUCAUUUAUCUGCACAUACUGAAACCAAUCACUUAACCUAUCCUUCAAUUGUUCAUACGGCCUUAACUUAAAUUGGAUAUGUUUAUGUUUAUGUUUGUAUUGAUGGUUUUUUGUUGUUGUUGUAAUGAUGUUCUUUGUAUUUUUGGUAUUUUAUGUAUUUUUUUGUUUGUUAUAAAAUGUUUAAUAAAAAUAUUUAAAAAAAAAUAGAACAGUCACAGCUUCCCCCAAAUAAUUCUAGGCACUGUCGUUGAAGUGUGCUGAGAGUUAGGAGACCUUCUAUUCCACUCCCAGAGCCACAAUUAUCAGGGUGACUUAAUCUACUCUUCCCAGGGAACUAGGAAUUAUAACUCGGUGAGGGGAAUAGGGGUUGCCUAACAACUCUCAGCACCCUUAACAAACUACACCUCCCAGAAUUAUUUGGGGGAAGCAGUGAUUGUUUAUAGUGGUAUCAUAGUGAUUUAAAUAUAUGGUGAGGACAUAGCCUAAGUCAGCUAACCCAAGCCAAUCCAUAUCGCUCUCCUCUGUGCCUGGGCCCCUUCUGCGAUCCUCCAGCAAGCUGGAAAAAAAAAUCUUGAGCUGUGAACGGAGGUGUCCAGCUCUUCUCUUCCUCCUCCCCUUUCUCAGUAGCCCGGUCUCGUUCUCCAUCAGAGUCCAGCCCCCUCUGCCUCCUUGGCUGGCGUGUCUCCCCUUCCAGACAGGAGGCACAGGUUUCCCUGGCGGUGGAAGGGACUCGUCCAGGAGUGGAGAUUCUGAAAAGCACAGGACGGAAUAAUAGGCAGCAGGGGGAGAAGGCUUCUGGAGCCAAGAGGAAUUAAUUUGUGAUGGCUAUGGCUGGGUUCUCAGCCCUCGGAUUACUUCUUCUUUCUCAGCUUCUGGCCUCCUCCUCAGCUCAGGUAAGGAUUGUUCCUUCUGCCUUUUCAAAAGGACAGAGCUUCCUAGCUGCAGUUUAGCUCCAUCUUCUGGAACAAGCCUCCACAUCUCCCAAAAGGAAAAGGACAGACUGUAUCACUUUUCCUUUACGUAUAGAUAGGUCCGUGAGGUUUCAGCCUGAAAGCAGCAGGACGUACAUCUCAGUUGGUUUGGAUAGGAUCUGGCUGUGAGUCCGGGUACUUCCCUGAGUAGCAAUUAAUCCUCAAUGCUCACGUUUCUCUUUGCGCAGUCCGGAUAGCAGAAUACGAGAGCGGUCUUGGUCUUCGGAAUCAGGCUGUGAUUCAAAGAGUCUUUAGUGAUUAUGAAAACUGAGCUGUUUGCAAGAUCCUUAUCUAUAUGAUUUUUGCAAUGCUAUUGUAUGGUCCGUGUCAUAAACCAACUUCAUUAAACUAUGGGUUUCUAACACAAACACUCUUUCCCUCGCUAUAAAAUAUUAAUACUAAGAUGUUUGGGAGUUGACUUGGAGAGUAACCGUUUUGUUUAACAUGAAAGCAUCAAGUUUCAGAUUGAACAAGAACUCCAGUGUUCUGUAUUUCCAGCCUUUUGGUAGGUGUGAGCCCCCCCCCUCCUUUUCCCAUUACUUGAUCUCCGAACUAACUUUUAAGGGGGAAAUAAUAGGCUUAUGGCAAAUCCUUCAUCCAGUAGAGUUCCCAUUCCUAAAGAGCACCCUGCAAGGAAUAUUAAUUACUGAAUUAUGGGGGGAUUAAAAGGGUUCUUUUCUUUAAAGUUGUCAGUGAAGUUUGUCUGCAGCCAGGUUCAGGAAUCUUAGAGUCGUCCUGUCCCAUCCGUGAGCAAACCUUGCCGUACAAAGAAAGCUUUGUUGACCAAUGCGGCUGGUUACAAGUUACUCUCAGGGGCCUUUUUUUCUCCACAUAGAAAAGCAUUUAUAGCAUUUCUUCUCCCCACCCCCCACCUUAGCACCAAACAGUGCGUGCAUUCAUUGAGUUGAAUUUGACGCAGCUUGCGAAAAUUAACUGCAGACCCCUUUUUCUCCUACCUUAAAGACAUAUUAUAAAGAUGGCAAUUUGCACACUGUUGUAACUUUACCUGUAAUUCGCCAACGCAACAUUGGAAGGUGGUUCUUAAGGGUCGCAGGUCUGUAAAACUCAGUAGGGUUAAGAUGUGUAAUUAAUGUAAUUGGGAAUCGUGCUUGCUAAAUCUUUUCUGCGCCAUAAAUUCUAUGCUGCAAAGGAAGAAGGUCCUUGACCCUUUAGCCACCAGGGGAUGGGGGGGGGGAGAGAGAAAUCCUUUUGAAUCUGUUGAGCCGCAAAUUUGUCCGAAAGUUUAGAAAUAGACAGCUAACAGAUGAGAGAUGGAAAGCAAGUGUGAGUCGGAGAAUCCGUAUUUCAAAAGGAUAGAGUUUAGCACAGGGAUACGAGCUGCUUGUAGUUGCCUUUGUUUUUAAUGAUGGCUGAUAAAAUGUAUUUUAUAAUAUACACCACCCUGGUGUUGGUACUUAACGAAGGGUGGAUGAUGCAUCUUUUAAACCAAAUAAAUAAAAUGUUGAGGUUGAAGUCCUCCACUCUGCUAUGAUGCCAAUUGAGUUGUUCUGCAUAAGUGUUUGCCAUAGUAGUGGCGAUUAGGAGCAAGUGGAAUGACCCCGAGAAUAGAAGAUACAAGUAGUACCGGAUUUACGUAUAAGCUAAACAUGAAAA